AUGGAGACUCCCUCACCAAAGCAGGUCAACCCGCUGCGCAUAUCCAAAGGCAGCCCAUCACCGAUAAAGAAGCCCACCCCUUCAUUACCGCGAGCGCUCUCAGAGCUUGCGCCGACUGAACGGAGGAGAAACUCGCCCAGUUAUAACCAGGCCACAAAGAAGAUGGUUCUCAAUGGGGACUCGUCUCCAUUCCAAUCGUCGCCCUUCAAUGCUUCCGAGGCCAAUUCAUCGCCACGUCUCUUCUGGCAAGGCCGCGACCCUGCUACGCCAAAUCGACUCAAUACCGAGAAUUUCUUUGCGGGCAGAGAGGGUUCCCCCUCACCUACUCGCCGUACGUCUAUCGAGCGUCUGCAGCGCGCAUCGCGCGUCAAGAAUAGCAACAUGUUCGCGCGUGAACAGAAGCAGGAAUACGAUCCGACCUCACUACCCGUAGUCGAACGCCCCUUGGCUAAGCAAAUACAAGGAAAUGCGUAUGGAGGGGCUGGCUUAGACGGUCUUCGAUCGGCAGACCGUGGACGUCAAUUUGGGCUCAACAGAACCGAUAGCAAGAGCAGCAUCUCCCUGUUCAGUCCGUUUCACAGCCCAACCAAGAUCCCUCUUGCCAGCAACGGAAAUGGACUGCGCUCGCCGAGCAAGGACCAGAUCUCACCUACCAAGUCGGCGCUGUCGUCUCGCCCCUUCAAUGGUAAGACAAGCUUCGACGCGGAGAAUGGGACCUGGCAAGAUGACGAGGAGGGCGAGGAGAGACAACUUUCACCGGGCCGAACUCUCCACAGACACGCGAAGAGCGUCACAUUCGAUGCUGCCCCUCCACAAAUCAAUGAGUACGAGAUGACGACCCCAGACAUGUCCUCUAUAAAUUCCGGAUCGCGGGAAAACAGCUACGAUUCGGGCGAGGAGGAAGAUGAAGAUAGCUACAAUCGUGGUGACUCCAUGGAGCAGGAUGACAGUUUCGAUGCUUCCCUUGAGGAUACUGACAAGACACCCGUCGUUGGGCCAGAAGAUUGGAGACAUAUUAGCCCCGGUGAGCACAGCGCCAGUAUCGUGUCAGGACGCUUCGAAGAUCCAUUCGGUGAGCCAGAAGGUAGCCCGAUGCCUGAUGUCCGCCCAUCUCCAGCCGCCGGCAGAACCGCAGCAACUCGUAACGACUCCCUCAAUUCGAAUGGUGAGCAUCGUCCUCUCCCACCUCUGCCUGGCAUGGGUCAUCACAAGCGCAGCGGCUCCAGCUCCUCCUCCACCGGUGUCUCUGCUGUAGCGGACCGUGUCUCGAGCUCUCAACGUACUCUCCCAUCUCCACCUGCAGCUGCAUCUUUCAGCAAGUCCGACAUUCAAAGCUUGAGUGGUGGCAAGAUGACUCUGGAGGAGAGACUUCGUCUGAUGAUGAUUCAGGAUGAGGAGAAGCCAAAGACGGAAGCAGAGAAGCAGCGUGAGCGUCGAAUGAGACGUGGAGGUCCUCGAAGCGAUCGCAGCAGCCAGACCCCCGACCGUGACCUCAUCCAAAUUCAUGAGGAUGAAGACACCCUCGAUGAUCUUCCUGGCCUUGGUUCAUAUGAACUUCCGGAACGAAUCUCGCGAGAGUCAAUUCUGCGAAAGGUCAACGGCCAAGAUCAUUUCUCGCGAGAAUCGGACUACAACUUCUCAUCCCCGAUGCCGAGUUCAAGUCCAGAACGCCUCCUGGCUCUCGACCCAGACACUCCCUUGCCAUCAACAGAAGACUACUCUUUGAUGGAGAACGACGACAGCGUGGUUAUCAAGAGGGAGCCCGAGGACGAAGAUGUUGAUGUGUACUCUAUUGCGGACAUGUACCAACGCACCGACUCUCAAGCCAACGCCUACGACGGUGAAGAGGAAGUUCUGGCGGAAGAGGAUGCCGAGAGCCAAUACUCUCAACCCACACCUUCCAACCAGAGCCCCCAUGCCCAAUCAAACAGCGGCCCAGAAGACGACGGCCCUCCAACUCCUCGUGCUCACAGCUCAACCCCACCUAUUGCUUUGGCUGAUCCAGUAAAGCACGAUAACAGCGAUUCACUUCCAGAGCCCACCGGAUUCUUGAGCCAGGGUGACUUUAGUCUGAGCCUCCGGUCAUACAUGACCCCUUCGCCACCUCCAGGGAACCAGCCGAACCCAGAACCAGAGGACCAGCCAGAGUCAAUACUAGAGGCUGUGAAGGCGGAGGAUGCCCCAAAGAUGGCGGAAGCUUCAAAAUUCCUCUCGCGCCCAGAAACGCCCGAAGAGAGCCCGAUGCCCAUUUCGAGACCUGAGUACGAUGGAUCUGGAUGGGGCCCUGAAGAAGACGAAGAAAAUGAUGUAGGAACACCCGAUUCUGUCAUUCGUCAUCCCAUGCCGGCUUCCCCGCCUCGCGACUCCCCAAGUAUUCCUGAGGCUGUUGCUACUAUCAAGUCGUCCGGUUCCAAACUUAAGACGCGCCCAUCCAACACUCCUGCGGAUCUCCAAGCGAUGAGAGAGCUGCGACGCAACGUUAGCGGGACUCACACCAUUCCUCCAAUUCCUGACCGACAUCGCAACCGUGCUUCUCUGAGCUUAGAACGCGAAUUGGGCCCAACUGAGAUUGAAGCUGGCGUCGAAAGACAUCCGAGUUUCCUCAAGAAGUCUCUGACACUGGACAUUGGCUACGAUGGUGGUCUGAGUCUUGACCAGGAUUUCGACCGGGUCAUGGAAGCCCAAAAGGUUGCGUCUGACCUAUCUUAUUCUAAAUUGCAUUUCUCAUUGCAUCAAGGACAAGCGUCCAACGCUGGUAUCAAGUCGUCUUUUGAAACAUAUGCUAAUAUCACUCCUCGUAAACAGCGUGGGUACUUGAUGAGACAGAACACCAAAAUUGUCGUUGCUUCAAGCAAUGAUCAGAUAUCCGAUGAUUUCCAUGGAACGCGCUCUGCAGGCAACUCUCCCAUCAAGACUGACCGCCCGCAAUCGUGGACUGUUGAGCCUUGGAAUGGCCAUACGCGUAAGAACAGCGUCCGUGAUCGGUCAAAUGCUCGUAAGAAGACAGCAAAUGCACCCUUGCCACCCAUGCCAGGCCAGGACAGCAAUGCUAGUGGCUGGGGUCUGACUUCAGAAGGAGCUACGGCGGAUCCGGCUCCCGAGGAAGGUAGUGAACGAGGCAGAUUAUUUGUCAAGGUGAUAGGAGUGAAAGAUCUUGAUUUGCCCUUGCCCAAGAAUGAGCAGACCUGGUUCAGUCUCACCCUUGAUAACGGCGUACACUGUGUCACUACAGCCUGGCUGGAACUCGGAAGAAAUGCCCCAAUUGGACAAGAAUUUGAGCUUGUUGUGCCCAACGAGCUUGAGUUUCAACUGACUCUCAAUGCCAAACUGGUGAAGCCUCCCCCGAAGCGAGUUGUAGAGUCGCCCACCAAGUCACACAAAUUUCAAAGGCCGUCCACGUUUAGCCGCGUCUUUGCGUCACCAAAGAAGCGUAAGGAACUCGAGAUGAAGCAGAAGGAAGAGGAACAGCGAGUCGCGCAACAAAAUCAACGUGAUGCCCAGGCCAAAAGAAUAUCUGUCAUUCCAACCGCGUGGGAUCUUCUCUCGCCCUUAGCUGCAGAAGACGGAAGCUUUGGACGCUCUUACGUCUGUCUCAAAGAUCACGAGUCACGAUGCUACGGUCGCCCUUAUGUUGUCGAUAUUGCAUGCUUCAACGAGUGGGCUACUGAAGAGGCUACUCACACAUCGAGCGUGAUGAGUAAGCGUGGGAGCACCAGUGUCCAAAGACGAGCUCCAUACAAGGUCGCAAAGCUUGAGUUGCAGCUGUUGUUUGUUCCCAAGCCCAAGGGUGCUACGGACGACGACAUGCCUAAGAGCAUGAACUCCUGCAUUCGCGAGAUGAAGGAGGCUGAGACAGCACUUUCUCGCAACCAUGAAGGUACUCUCAGUCAACAGGGUGGCGAUUGUCCCUACUGGCGGCGACGAUACUUCAAGCUUGCUGGAAGCAAGCUCACCGCCUACCAUGAGUCCACACGCCAACCCCGUGCAACCAUUAAUCUCGCCAAUGCUAGUAAGCUGAUCGACGAUCGACGUUCGCUGACGCAGAAGGAUACCACUGGCAAAGGUGGAAAGCGUCGCAAGUCUGGCUUCGCCGAGGAGGAGGAAGGCUACAUGUUUGUCGAAGAGGGUUUCCGCAUCCGAUUUAACAACGGGGAGGUGAUCGAUUUUUACGCCGACACAGCAGCCGAUAAAGAAGGCUGGAUGCAAGUCCUCGACGCUUGUAUCGGCAAGGAGCACAGUGCCAAGGGCGGCUGGUGCGAAAUGGUGCUGAAGCGCGAGGAGAGCAUACGGAAAAGGAUCGAGCAAGGAAGCACCCGGAAGACGUCCCGAAACCAUCAACGAACCAAAAGCACUGUCUUUUAG